AUGGAAGUCGAGAUUGAACCUUCGAACUUCCAUCACGAGAUAUGGGAGCAGGCUCGUACUCUACUAGGACAGCUGUGUUUGCAUCCCGAUGGCGCCGAUAUCGCAGCGCAGCUGAACGCAUUAAACGACAAGAUCAUCAAAGCCAAUCGUGAGAAUGGCUUCCCAGAGGACAAGCUAAGCCUUUUCACAAUUGAUGUCGGCACCUUCAGCAGAACCUUUGCGUCUGCAGCACCUUACCGGGAACGUCUUCAGAAAAGCCAUGCUGAUGAAGGUCAUCCGGGCGAGAACGAUUUGACCAUCUAUGAAUUCGUUGCCGCGGGCCAGUUCGGGAAAGGGUUUGGGAAGUCAUAUACCGAAAGCCCAGACAGUACAAUGCUCAGAUUAGGGGCCGCCGAAGAUUUGGAGAAUAAAAAGUUGUCAGAUAUGGCAAUUGCUGGCGUGGCGUCAGUCCGAAGACUGCCUGAAAACGAGCCAAAAGGAGGAUGGUGUAACGAAGCUAAAACGAUUGUUCUGGUGGGGUUUGGUGAGGAUCCACUCGACUUUAAGUGGUAUGCUCGCACAGUCCUAGGUCAGCAAUUCGGUCAGAAAGUGGUGGGCGAGGAGAUCGAUGGAUAUAGAUCGGACGCUGGCCAAGAAAGACCACCCAAAGCCAUUCCGCGCAAACAGCGUGCUCUCACUAGUUGCAAAACCCUUACUGUGGAUGAGGAGAUCUCUGGCAUUGACAACGUAGGCGAGACGCUCAAUGGAAUGGAAGAAAUGAUGAAGAAGAUGAAGGAUUUGGUGCAUGCGGUUGCUCGCAUGACAUCACAGACUACUCGGCGCUGA